CGCUCGCGGCCCAACAUGGCGGCGGCCCGGCUGGCGCUGGCGCUGCUGCUGCUGCUGGCCGUGGCGCUGGCGCGGGCGGCGCGGCUGUACCGGCCGGGCGAGGACCCGCUGGCGGUGCUGGAGGCCGGCACGGUGCGGCGGGCGCUGCUCAACGCCUCGGCCGCCUGGGUGGUGCAGUUCUACAGCUCUUCGUGCGGCCACUGCAUCGGCUUCGCGCCCACCUGGCGGGCCCUGGCCGGCGACGUGCGCGACUGGGAACCUGCCAUUAGAAUUGGUGUGCUGGAUUGUGGGGAAGAAGACAAUUAUGAGACUUGUAAAGAAUAUGGUAUUUACUACUACCCAACCUUUAGGUACUUCAAAGCCUUUACAAAACAGUUCACAACAGGAGAAAAUUAUAAAGCAGGGUCAGAUCGUGAGUUGCAAACAGUUCGUCAGAUGAUGAUUGAUUUUCUGCAGAACCACUCCCAAGAUUCAAGGCCACCUGCUUGCCCCCCACUUGAUCCAGUUCCGUCCCAUGAUAUUGCUACUCUUUUUGACAAGAAUAAUCAUCAUUAUACUGCCAUUGUGUUUGAAAGCAAUAGCUCCUAUGUUGGGCGAGAGGUGAUCUUGGACUUGAUUCAGUAUGAAAACAUUGUGGUGAAGAGAGCACUGAAUUCUGAUAAGGCUUUCCUGGAGAAACUUGGUAUUACCUCAAUCCCUUCAUGUUACUUGAUCUAUCCAAAUGGGUCCCAUGGAUUAAUUAACAUUUUGAAGCCUCUUCGGUCUUUCUUUUCUUCCUAUUUAAAGUCACUGCCUGGUGUGAGAAGAAAACUGCUUUCACAACUUCCAAUACCCAUAAAGCAAAAUAAAGAGGAGAGCACAGAAAUCAAGCAGUGGAAGGAGUUUGACAAAUCCAAGCUGUACAUGGCUGACCUUGAAUCCGGAUUGCAUUACCUGCUCCGGGUAGAGCUUGCCACUCACAAGAUGCUUGAGGGAGCCGAGCUAAAAACCUUCAAGGAUUUUGUUACAGUCAUUGCCAAGCUGUUUCCUGGCCGUCAGCCUGUGGUGAAGUUGCUGGAGACUUUGCAAGAGUGGCUGGUGAGCCUUCCAUUAGACAAAAUCCCUUAUGAUGCUAUCCUAGAUCUGGUCAACAAUAAAAUGCGGAUAUCUGGAAUAUUUCUCACUAACCACGUCCAGUGGGUUGGCUGUCAGGGCAGCAGACCAGAGCUAAGAGGUUAUACUUGCUCCCUCUGGAAGCUGUUCCAUACCUUAACCGUUCAAGCUGCCGUUCGACCAAAAGCUUUAAUCAACACAGGUUUUGAAGACAAUCCCCAAGUGGUCCUGCAGAUGAUGCGGAGGUAUAUUCAGCACUUCUUCGGGUGUAAGGCUUGUGCCCAGCAUUUUGAAGAAAUGGCUAAGGAGUCCAUGGACUCUGUGAAAACACUAGACAAGGCAGUUCUUUGGUUGUGGGAGAAGCACAAUGUGGUGAACAACAGGCUUGCAGGUGAUCUGAGCGAGGAUCCAAAGUUUCCUAAAGUUCAGUGGCCCACUCCAGAUUUGUGCCCUGCUUGCCACGAAGAAAUUAAAGGAUUACACAGCUGGAACGAGGCACAAGUGUUACAGUUCUUGAAGCAUCACUAUAACAACGAGAACAUUUUGUACAAGUACAUCGAAGGCCAAACUGACUCCAGUGAAGCUGAACUUGGGGAUGUGAAGGAGAAGAAAGAGAAAUCUUCACCCAGAAAACCAAGCGGAAACAAAGAGAACAAUAACCUGGAGCAACAAAACAUGCUAGAUCCUAAAUCCAAGGUCUUAGAUAGAUUAAUAGCAAAUGACGGACCCGUCAAAGAGAGAAAUAAAAAUGCAGUUGAAUCAGUUAUUCGUAAAGAGACCAAACAGUUUGUAUCUUUCUUAGGGAUUGGAUUUUCUAACAUAGACAUGAGUCUGUGUGUUGUACUUUAUGUAGCAUCAUCCUUAUUUUUAAUGAUAAUGUACUUUUUUUUCCGGAUGCGGUCCAGAAGGUGGAAAAUGAAGUAUUAUCGUCCAUUUGUAUAGAAAUCAAAAUUGGAAGUGAAAUUUCCGUUGUAAGUGGCUGAUGAGCACAGAUGCAGCUUUAAUAUUUAUGAUCAGGGAUUUUAUAUGCAGUAUUUCACUUGUUUCAAAAACCCUUCUCCCCAGUUGAUUUCUAUUGUGGUAGUCUUUGUUGUAGGAAUCCCAGUCUUUGUGUGUAACAUCCGGACACGUAGCGCUGCCAUAAAACAUGCACGAAACGAGAACCGUGUGCUUUUCCAUGAAGAUACCAUUCCUUGCUUGCAUCCUGCACCCUUUGUAACCAACUGUUCCAAGUUUUGGGAAGAAACAGUGCUGUUUUUUGGAGCUCCGAGUGGGCUCCUUACUUUUAUCCAAACCUGAUUAGACAGUAUCUCUAUCCUCUGGUCUAGCAGAACGUCUUGCUGGGCAUUUGAAGAAGCAAGAAUUUUGAUUUUUCCAGAGACAGGAAUGUCUUUUGAUUUGAAUAAACUUCAAAAACUAUUAAA